GAGGAAGUUUAAAGGAGAAAGGGUUCAGCAUGAAUGGGGGGUGGGGAGUGUAUGUAUUCAACUGUCUUGCAUAUAGGACAUGAAAGCUAAUCUGCUUCAUUUGUUUUUAGGGGGUCUUGGCUAUGGACCUCAGUGCAAGUCCAUUGGAAAAGGCAGCUGCAACAAUCUAGUGGUCACCAGCAGUCCCAUGAUGGUUCAACGGCUGGGACCCAUAUCACCUCCUGCAAGCCAGGUCUCUACAGCAUGCAACCAGAUCAGUCCUAGCUUACAGAGGGCAAUGAAUGCAACCAACAUGAAUAUACCUCCUUCAGAUACCAGGUCCCUCAUGUCACGGGAGUCUUUGGCAUCCACGACUUUGAGUCUAUCAGAAAGUCAGUCAGCGUUGAGUGUGAAGCAAGAAUGGUCCCAUGGCUACAGGGCUCUUCCUUCUCUUCAUUCCAAUUCAGGCUCUCAGAAUGGCAGUGAUCUAGGAGACUUACUUAGCAUCCCACCUGGGACAUCCAUGUCCAACAAUAGUGUCUCCAAUUCAUUACCAUCUUAUCUCUUUGGCAUGGAAAACAGCCACUCUCCUUAUCCUAGCCCCAGACACUCUUCAACCAGGUCUCACUCAGCUCGUUCUAAGAAGAGAGCCCUUUCCCUUUCCCCUUUGUCUGAUGGCAUUGGCAUUGACUUCAACACAAUCAUCCGGACUUCCCCAACAUCCUUAGUUGCCUAUAUUAAUGGUUCCCGGGCAUCACCUGCCAAUAUCUCCCCACAACCAGAGGUCUAUGGGCAUUUUCUAGGAGUUAGGGGUAGCUGUAUUCCCCAGUCAUGCUCUAUCCCAAGCACUCAACGAAGUCUUCUGGUGACUAGUGGCAGCCUUACCAUCCCUGCUUACAAUGAGAAUGGGGUGGUAGAAUACCAGCGCAUGCAGCAGCUGGAGCAGAGCAGCUUGCAGUCAGCAAUUAUGAACAACAUGGUGGUACAGCAGGGCCUGCCUGUUUCAGAGGGCCAGCCAGCUGGUUUAUUAAAAAGUGAACGCUUGGAUGACUUCCCAGGUGGUGCCAUUGAUAUUCCUCCUCCCCCUCCACCUCCUCCUUUGCCAGCACCACCACCACCACAAGGGCCCCCACCACCUUACCAUGCCCAUCCGCACCUUCACCAGCCUGAGCUCAUUCACCAUCCCCACCCACUUCCUUUGCCCCCUUCUGCCCAAGGUCCCCAGCAGGAAGAGGAUGGUGAAUUAGAUGAUUUUAAUGGAAAACACUGCUGUCGCUGGAUUGACUGCAGUGCCACAUAUGAUCAGCAAGAGGAGCUUGUACGGCACAUAGAGAAAGUUCACAUAGACCAGAGGAAAGGAGAGGACUUUACAUGUUUUUGGGCUGGUUGCCCUAGAAGAUACAAGCCAUUCAAUGCCCGAUACAAACUGCUGAUCCACAUGAGAGUCCACUCAGGAGAGAAGCCGAACAAGUGUACGUUUGAAGGCUGCAAGAAGGCCUUUUCAAGGCUAGAAAAUCUCAAGAUUCACCUAAGAAGCCACACAGGAGAGAAACCAUACCUGUGCCAGCAUCCAGGAUGUCAGAAAGCCUUCAGUAAUUCCAGUGAUAGAGCCAAGCACCAGAGAACCCAUCUGGACACUCUGCGGUCAAGCAUGGAGCUCGAUCAAGAUAUCUUCAAUAAUUGCCUCACCAUUCAGCCUCUCCAACCUACUACUUCCCCACAGGAUGUUGCAGAUGGUACCAUGGGAAGAUCUCCAGGAUCUGUCCACGACAUCUAUUCAGCCGCGAUUUUCUCCAGCACUCACUCAAGCCGGAGUGGAACAGCUGCUGGGGCUGGGCCUCCCCCACAUCCCGUCAGUCACCCUUCUCCGGGACAUAAUGUACAGGGGAGCCCCCACAACCCCUCCUCCCAGCUACCUCCUCUCUCGGCUGUGGACUCAGGAACUGAAAGGUUUGCCCCUUCUGCUCCAUCUCCUCACCAUAUCAGCCCCCGGAGAAUGCCAGCCACCACUACAGUCAUGCAGAGACCACCACCUUCCCAUGUUCAGCAGCCAGCAGGAUCACACUUGAAGUCAUACCAACCAGUAACAAGUUCUUCCUUUCAACCAAAUGGCAUCCAUGUCCAUGGGUUCUACGGGCAGCUGCAGACAUUUUGUCCUCCGCAUUACAGUGAUCCUCAGAGAAACAUGGCCCAUGGCAACUCCUGCAAUAUGGUGCCUUCCUUUGAAGAUUGCCUUGUCCCUGCAUCCAUGGGCCAGGCAGGAUUCGAUGUUUUCCACCGAGCUUUUUCUGCUCAUUCAGGCAUUACAGUGUAUGAUCUACCAUCAGGUUCCACUGGCAUCUUUGGUGAGUCUCUCCGAAAUGGAUCUGAAGAUGCUACCUUCCUACAGAUCAGCGCUGUGGAUCGCUGCCCCAGCCAGCUUUCUUCUGUCUAUACUGAAGGCUAAAAGCCACCCUGGCAUCUAAUGCUCAUCCCCAAACCCUCUGCUUCAAAUCCCCUUCCCUCCAUCCCAGAUAGGACCCUGAGUGCCCGGGUAUGCACAGCCCAGGAGCACAGAAGGAUCCUUGCAAAAGAGGGCUGGAGAGAUGCAGGUCCUCACCAAGCCUUCAGAAGGUCAGCAGGCGAGCCUCUUUCUCCUUUGGUUUGCUGAGUCUUGGGACAGCCCACCUAUCUUUUCAAAGGAAAUUCAAAGACUGAAUGAGAAAGUGGCUGUUUUGGGGAGACUUUUCCCAUGGAACCACUGAAAUCAUGAAAGAAAAAAUUCAGGCUUGGUUUGGGGACAAUCGUCUUUUCACACAAGGACAUAGAGGCACAGUACAAGCCUCUUAAGGCACAGAGCUAUGCCAGGCACACAGCUCUGUGGUGCUUCUGCAGCUAAGCAAAGCCAAACACAAAAGGGAAAAAAAUAGAGCUUCUGACAGAUGCCUUUGGUGACACCACCUCCCAGAGGCCCUCCAGGGAUGCUACCUGGCCCAGUAUCUCCAGCAAGCUUGGUUCAUCUCUCCCAUUUUAUACCCACAGGCUUACCAGUAGUUUGCUUUUUUUUUACUAUUUUUCUAAUUACAUUAUUUUAUGCAAUGAAUAAAAAGAAUCUGCCAAGUACAGUGACUUGAAAGACAAUUUACUUUUAUCCCAGCUAAUUCUUCCACUUAUAAGAAUUAGGGCACCUUUUUGUCACUUAAAAGAAAGAAAAAACAAACAACCAGGAAAAAAAAAAAACAACUUUUCUGUGGCCUCUUUCUGGCAUCGCCAAAUAAAUAAAUAAAGCACCCCUACUUGUAUUUCCUCAUCCUUUAAAAUCCUGCCCA